UUUCCCCGUAAUAACCAUUACAAAUACUCUCUCUUUCUCUCUCUUCUUUUCCCAAAAUCAAAAACCCUAACUUUUUAUUUUCCUCUCCAUUACUCCCAAUUUACAAAUUUCUCUUCAUCCCGCUUAUUUCUCCCCUUUCUCUCUCUCUCUCCUCCUCUGCUUCUGCUUCUUUGAAAACCCUUUUCCUUUUCCCUCUAUUUCCCCUCUUUUGAAUUUUCCCUCUUUCAAUUGAGUAUUCCGUACUUUGAAUGAAAUUGUAAUCACAAAAAACCCAAGAAAAAAAAAUUAUGGGGAAAUACAUGAAGAAAGGAAAGAUCACAGGAGAUGUUGCUGUAAUGGAAAUCCCACAAACGAAUUCGUUAGGUGUUCGUACUAGGGCUAGAACCCUUGCUCUUCAACCAAACCCUGAACUUUCUUAUCUUCAACUUCGUAAUCGAAGGCUUGAGAAACCCCCUUUUCAACCUCCUCCUCCUCCUUCUCCUAAUACUAAGUCUAAACAUCAGAAUAGUUAUAAAAACAAUGAUUCGGAUAAUCACAAGCCAAGUUCUAAGGUCCGAGUCAACUCGGUCAACUCGGCUACUUCUGGUGCUUCUAACAAAUCUCAGGGGCGUGUUCGUCAUUUUACUGUUGCUGAAUCCGAGGAUUUUCAUGAUCUUGCUUCUCUUGAGCCUUCUUUUGGGGAGAAUAAUUUGGAAUUUGAUGCUAGAGAAAGGAGCACCCGAGAGAGCACUCCUUGCAGCUUGAUUAGGGACUCGGAAAACAUAGCAACGCCUGGAUCAACUACCAGACCAUCAUGCUCCAAUGCAGAGAACCGAAGAGCUAGAAAUACACAAAGAACAAUCCCGACAAACCCAGAGAUGGAGGAGUUCUUUGCUGGCUUUGAAAAUAGCCAGCAGAAGCAUUUCCUUGAGAAGUACAACUAUGAUAUCAAGAAUGAUAUGCCUCUCCCAGGACGCUUCGAAUGGGUACGAGUAGGCAAAUAGAAGGGAGAUUCGGCAGAAAGCAAAUGCACAAUUCUUACAAGAAAAGUAUGAAAAAAAACCUGAAAGAAAUUAUGUGUAAUCUGUGAUAUGUAACAUAAGUGCAGCUGACUAAAUGUAGUCCUAACCACCCCUUCUUUUAGCAUAGUUUAGCAGACUGAUUUUUAGCUUUUGAGAAUCCAAAGAGAAGAUAAAAGUUAAUUAAUUAGGGUUAGAAUUCAGUUUAUGAUGGUUUUGCUUUAUAGUUACGCCAUUGUGAUCUGUAAUGGAUAUCAUUAAUAUUGUUCUUAAACCAACUUUAUUAGUACUUAUGACUCACUAA